AUGAAUUAUUUAGUUAUAUUCACUUUAAUUAAUUGUAUACUAGGGGCAAUAAUUGGUAUCGAUUAUGGUGAAAAGUUUACCAAAGCAGUGUUAUUAGCACCAGGUAUACCAUUUGAAAUUGUUUUAACAGAUGAAGGUAAAAGAAAAGAUUUAUCAGGUAUAUCAAUACGACCUGAUUCUAAGAAUGGUAUAGAAAGAAUUUAUGGAUCACAGAUGGGAUCAUUAAUUACAAGAUUUCCACAAAAUUGUAUAUUAGAUUUAAAACAAUUAAUUGGUAAAAAAUUUGAUGAUCCAAUUGUUGAAAAAUAUAUGAAAACUCAUUUUGGUUCAAAAUUGAUAAAAGAUGAUUCAAGAGGAGGUAGUAUAAAAUUUGAUUUAAAUUUAAAUAAUUCAAGUUAUGAAUUUUCAGUUGAAGAAUUAUUAGCUAUGUCAUUAAAUGAUAUAAAACAAAGAGCAUUAAAUGAUUUAGAAGAAAAUCCAAAUGCCGCUGCUAUAGUUGAAGAUGUUGCUAUUAGUAUACCACCUUUUGCUUCUCAAUCAACUAGACAAGCAUAUUUAGAUUCAUUACAUUUAGCUAAUUUUUCAAAUGUUUUAGGAUUAAUUGAAGAAGGUACUUCUGUUGCAUUAAAUUUUGCUGGUAAUAAAAAGUAUGAGAAUUCUGAGUAUAAUGAUGUUAAAGAAUAUUACUUGGUGUAUGAUGUUGGUGCAGGAUAUACUACCGCGACUUUAUUCUCCAUUACUCCAAAAUCAACUGGUCAAAUUGUUUUAGAAAUGGAAAGCGUUGGUACAGAUGAAUCAUUUGGUGGUCGAACUUUAACAGAUUCCAUUUAUACAAUCAUAUUAGAAAAAUUUUUAAAUCAUUUCAAUUUAGAAGAGUCUGAAGUAUCAAAUAAGAUCCUCGCAAGAUUAUAUGAAGUUGCAGAAAAAGCAAAAACGAUUUUAUCUGCAAAUAAUGAAUACCACUCCACUUUAGAAUCAAUUUAUGAUGAUAAGGAUUUUAAAGUUCAAGUAUCUAGACAAGAGUUUGAAGAUGUCAAUUCAGAUUUAAUGGAUCGUAUCACAAAACCAAUCGAGAAGGCAUUAGAAUCUAUUGGAUUAAAAGUUGAUGAUAUAAAAUCAGUUGUAUUGAAUGGUGGUUCAACAAGAGUACCAUUUAUUCAAAAACAUGUUGCAUUAUUUGUUGGAGAUGAUAAAAUCUCCAAAUCUGUGAACACUGAUGAAAGUUCAGCCUUGGGUACUACUCAAAUGGGAUUAAAAUUGAAAACUAAAACUCAAAGCUCAAAAGAUAUCAAAUUGAUUGAAAAAAGUAAUCAUAACUUUGAAAUUAGUGUCAGUGGCAAUGAUGAUGAACAAAUUCCAGUUUUUCCAAAAGGCUCAAUUGUUGGUAAUACCACCAAAAUUAAUUUAGGUAAACUUGCGAACAAAGAGUUAACUAUCUCUUUAUAUGAGGAUGGAUCAUUAGUAAAAUCUUAUACAUUUGAUGAUUUUGCAGCUAGAUUGAAAAAGGCUAACUGCAAAUCAAAAGAAAAUAAAGAAGUAGUUGCCACAUUUGAAUUAGAUAAGAGUAAAAUUUUUGAUCUUAUCAAAGUAGAUAUUGAAUGCCAACCAAAAAAUGAGUCAUUUUUGAACAAACUUUUGAAAAAAGAAGAUGAAGAAGUAGUUGAAGAUGAUGAAACAAGGGAUAAUUUAGUUAGUGAUUUAUUAAAUUCUACAAAUUCAACAAAUUCAACUGAGGCUGAAAAGAUUUUAAAUUCAAUCAAAACAAAAUCAAAGUCUACCUAUGUUUCAAUUCCAUCACCAGUAUACCCACAUAUAAAACCAAUUGACAAAAAGUCACGUAAAAACUUAAUCAAUAAAUUAUUUUACUUGAAUAAAUUAGAUGAUGCCAAAAUCGAAUUAACAGAGGUUAGAAAUCAACUAGAAGGUCAAUUAUACAAAUUAAGAGAUUAUGUUGAAUCCAAUGAAUCAAUAUUACAAAAGGAAUUAAAAGAUUCUGAAAUCUCAGCAUAUACUGAAUUUGUUAAUGAAUUAAUCGAAUGGUUAGAUUUCGAAAGUGAUGAUGCAUUAGUUGAUGAAUUGAAAUCCAAGAUUAAAGAAGUUGAAACAAAGGAACAAGAAAUUAAAGAUUAUAUACAAAUGUCAACUAUUGAUUUUUCAAAAGAAGGAGUUCAAAAAUUAUAUGAUGAUGGAACAAAAUUAAUGAUGACAAUUCAAUCAAGUAUGUUAAAAUUUGGUCAACAUAUUUCAGAAGCAAGAACAAGAUAUCAAGAAGCAAAUUUAGAUUUUGAUAAAGAAAAUGAGCGUAUCAAAAAUAAAUUAACUAAUAGUAAUAAAGAAGAUAAAUUAAAAUCAUUUGAUAAAACGUUACAAUUAUAUAAAGAGACCAUUGCCAAAAUUGGAGAAUUUUUAUCAUUACCAGAAAAGAAAUUUGAUAAAAUCAGUAAAAAAGAACUUUAUUCUUAUCAUGAUAUUUUAGCAAAAGGAGUUGCUGAUAUGAUUUUAGAUUUAAUGGAACUCGAAUCAAGUCAUAAAGAAAGAAUGCAAUUAAUUGAUGAAACUUAUGAUAAAUUAAUUGAAAGACAAAAGCAAAAAGAAUUUAGAAAAAAAAUGAGGGAAGCUGCAAAAGAAGCAGGUAAGAAGCAACAAAAAGAUGAAGAAGAUACAGAACAAGAUAAUGAAGGAGUUGAUAUUAUAGAAGAUGAUGAUGAAGAAAUAAUACAAGAUAGCACGAAAAUCACUGCUACAUCAUCUGAUUCUCAAACAAAAUCAACUACUACAUCUAGUGAUGAAGAGGUAACAAAAGAACUUGAACAUGAUGAAUUAUAG